AUGUUGUUUUUAUUAUUUAUGAUUUUUCUAUUUUCUCCAUUAUUUAAUGGAAUGGAUCAAAAUAAUCACUGGAAUGCUUGUUGCUCUUCAUGUUGGAAUGGUUUCGUCGAAAAUAUAUGCCCACAAAAUUGUUGGGACAUCCAUCUUGGAGAAUGCAUAAAUAUUUGCUGGAAUAAUUUCUGUAAUUAUUGCAAUAGCUUUUUUGGGAAUCAAAAUGCAAAUCAAUCUGAUGAUCAUUAUGAAGAAGAGGAACGUGAAGCAGAUCAUGAUGGAGAUGGAUCUGAAUGUGAAGUUCAAGAAGAUAAUCCAGAUAUAGAGGGACAGUGGGAAGAAGGGUAUGAAGGCUAUUUUCAUGAAGGGCUUCCUGAUAAUGAAACCGAGUGGGAAGAAAUGCAUUCAGCUUUACAAGAACCUUCUACAUCGCAAGGACAAACAAGCCAUUAUCAUUAUGAUGAAGAAGAAGAAGAAUGUGAAGCAGAAUAUGAAGAGGAUGAAACCGAAGGCAGAGUUCGAGAAUAUGAUAAUACUGAAGGAGUGUGGCAUGAAAUGCCUUCUACAUCGCAAGGACAAACAACCCAUCAUUAUGAUAAUUGGGAUGAUGAUGUUUCACAGUAUAACCCUGACAUACAUAUUCAAUUUGAAGGAAUGAAUAUAGGAGGUAAAAUUUUAUAA